CUCCAUCUCAUCCACCACAUCUUUCUGCCCCGGCAAACCCACCACCAUCAUCUACAUCAGCGACGAGCCUGUGGUACAGCCCAACUGCCUCAAACCUUCAGACCAUCAAGGAAUGCGACUCCAAGGACAUUACAAGCUCCAUCCAAGAGUGGAGCAAGACAUUGCCCAGUUGUAAGAUCUUGGAGCCUGAGGAUAUGUUGAGAAAAGUGAGGCGGGAGAGUCCCUCGUACCCAGAGCGCAACCUAGAGCUAUAUACAAUCCAGGCGCAGCCGUCUUCUGGGAAACUUUAUCUGGAGACAGACAUUGACCGAGUAAGACGACUCGAUGAACUGGUUGCUAAUGGCACUCUCAAGAAAGAGAGGAAUGAGAAUACCCUGGAGAAAGGCAUGGACAGAGGGAAGGAGAAGGGAAACAGGAUUCCAUGGGAGAGAAAUGGAGAUUUGGGGAUGGAGAAAGGAAAGGAGAAGGACAAGAGAAAAGAGAGCCUCUGGGAAAGAAAUAAAGGAGGUGAAAAAGGGAGAGAAAACGGUACAGAACGAGAAAAACCGUGCCGGGAGCAGGACAGAGGGACGGAAAGGAGUAGGGACAAGGAAAAGAAAAUGAUCCCCACCAGCUAUGACGCAUCUACUCCUCACUUACCUCCCAGUGGACGAAAUAACCCUUGCCCUGCUUUCAGCUGGCCUGAGGGAUUUCCCAGAGUGUCCAUUAGAUCUACCACAUUGCCCAGAUGUUCUAAUUUCACUGAAUCUGAUGGAGAGAUGCGACAUGACACAAGCUCUUUGCAUGACCACAAGGAUGACCUCCGUAAGCGCCUGUCAUACACCACCCACAAACUAGAGAUGAUAGAAACAGAGUUUGACUCCACUCGGCAGUUCCUGGAGACAGAACUGCGUCGGGCCCAAGAGGAACUGGAGAAGUUCACAGAGAAACUACGCAGGAUCCAAAGCAGUUAUGCAGCUCUUCAGAGGAUCAACCAGGAUUUGGAGGACAAGAUGUGCAGGACGUCCCAGCACCACGAAGACGAAAAGAGAGCCCUCAGCCGGGAAAUCAUCGUUCUCAACAAUCACCUCAUGGAGGCAAAGAUCACCAUCAACAAACUCAGAGAGGACAAUGACCUGUACAGGAAAGACUGCAACCUGGCAGCGCAGCUGCUGCAGUGCUCCAAGUCUCACUACAGAGCACACAAGUUGUCUGAGCUGCCACUGGAUUUCCAGGAACGCAUCAGUUCCCACAUCGAGAAACAAAAUCGCAACCGAGGAGCAGCCAUGGCAAUGUGUCAACCCAAUUACUCUGAUGCAGUACCCACAACCAUCAUUGCCAAAGUUCUGGAAAAGCCUGAACCAGGGAAUAGUUGUCCGGUAACACGUUCACCCAGCCCUCAGCCCCGGCAUGGAGACUUCCUGACUGGAACAGGAAGCACUGAUCACCUGAACCGGCGCCUUUCGUACAAGACGGCUGACCUGUACUGCAGUGACACAGCUCUGUAUUGUCCCGAACGAUGGCAAGACACAGAGCGCAGGCAGAGCGUGGAUCUCCAUGACACUGGGCUGCUCCACACCCAGAACUCCGUAGACAGUAACCCAGACGAAGAUCCUUUCCAGUCUGGAAGUUUCUCCCACCAUGAGCCCCAAUCGUCCUUCCACCACCAUGACGAGUUCGGUACUGGAAGUCUUCCUGCCUCCAGUUACUCCAGUUUCAGCCUCGCAUCGGAUGAGAAAGGGGGAAACAGUGGCGGAUGUGGGCGCACUGCCAGCAGUACCUUAUCAUCUUCUCACCAAGGUCUCUAUAUGGACUGGAGAGAUGGUGGCAGUGGAGACUAUGAGCGCAAAAGCAUGUUCUCUUAUGACAAAGACAGCCCAAGCUUCUCUAAGUCCCGAAGCAUCCAGCACAUGGUUGCUCCCAGAAGCCCGCAGAAGGGCACGUCACCAGCAUACACAAGGACAGCGUCGUGUUUCAGCGAGCCAUACCACUCCAGCACCCCUCGCCUGGCCUCCUCCCACAGCAUGGGACUCACAUCUGGACUGGGUCAGGCUCGUGGAGGAGCUUUGGACAACAGGGCUGAUGUGGAGGUUCCAGAGGACGACCUGAACAGUCGCUGGAGGCAGCUCAGUGUGGAAGACAUCAACACAUUCUCAUCUUCCUAUCGCAACGCUGCAGGGCGAAUAUCUCCAUACAGUUUCUCUGAACGUCACUUUGCAAUGGGCCCCUCCAGUAAAGUCAAAGAAUCUCUCUACAGCAGCUUCCAAGACGGAGAUGAUGUCUUCCACAGCCGUGUGAUGGACCACUGUUUUUCUAUGAGCUCCUCUUCACCCAGCCACAGCCCCAAACCCAAGGAGCAUCGUAAGCAGGAGAAAGCAUCCGUGUUGUAUCGAGCCAAGGAGGACAGUCAAGACUCUGAGUGCAGUCUGUUCCUCUCAGGGAGCUCUAAAGACAAGGAGAGCAGCGGGGGAGCGACAGCAGCAAGCAGCGCCAAGAAGGACUACGUGAACCUGAGUGCAGACAGCUCGGCUGAGUCCUUACACCAAAGCUCACUUGAAGCCUCAAGUCUUCAGCACUACCCCGCCCCCAGACCAAGCGUGCGGCCUCGCCCGAGCUCCAGCUCCGCUCUCAGUGUCGGCCCUGCACUCCCCAAGAAGACCUCUCCAAGAUACCAAAAAUUUGGCAGCACGGGAUUGAUGAGGAAGGACAGCUUGACCAAGGCACAGCUAUAUGGUACACUCCUGAACUGAGUGGAGGAAGAAAGCUUUUAAUUUUAUGCAUGAUAAAGAUUCCUAACUUACUGUACUGUACUGCACUGUAUGUCUCCCUUUGGUAAACACAUACUUGUGAUGGAGUGUAAAGAUGUUGUUUUCUCUCUCUUAGCCAAGGCACGUUUCAUGCAGUCUGGAACAUUUUUCUAUUGUUUGUCUUGAUUCAGUGUAGCUACCUGAUACCAGCUAGGUUUUUCGUUUGAGUAAUUAAGGUUUAUAAUCAGGACUGACAGGAUGGAACCAUAGACCCCGCAUAAGGAGACUCUGCUAUUUGCUUUAUUUUGGUGCCCAGCAAUACAAGAAAAAAACAAAACAGCAAAAGACCAUUAAUUUGUGCUUUAAAACAAGCAGUAUUAAUAACGGACAAAAGUGUGAGUAAUGGGGUGACUUAAUUACUCGUGUUUGGUAGAAAUGAUCCAUUAUGCGUGGUAACUGUGCUGAUUGCAAUCUGUUAGAAAGAUUUAUUCAUUUCCUGUUUUUGCUUUAGCAAAAUGCAUGUUAUAUAAUGCAUAUAGGUAAAAUGGGAAAACACAUUUCCAGCUAGAUUUUUUUCUUAAAUCAAAUGGACAAUAUCUGUAAGCUCCAUUUACUAAAAUCCAACAUUUUCCAAACUGGCUAAACAAUAAAAAGAAUAUAGUGCAUAUGUAUAGUUUUAUGACAUUCAAUAUGUCUAUCCAAAUAGCCAGAUAGACUUUUUCAAGUUAGGUUCCACACUUAAAAAGAAACCUAAAGAGUUUAAGAAACUGAUACGGUUGCAUAAGCUUUAUUUUGAAAUCCGUGAUAAGAUUUAAAAAAUUAUAGCUACAUCAAAUUUACAAAUUAAACACAUUCAGAGCUAGCCUGGCCAGCCAUAACCACUCAGUUCAUGGACAUUCUUUGUCAUGAAAUGAGUCUGGUAUUCUUCCCUUUCACAGCCAUUUCCACCUGCGAUGGGGUGGAGGCAGGUUUUAUGCAAUGAGUCAUACAGAAGCAUCCAUGAGCCAGUAUUCAAAAGAACCAAGGUGGCUGCAGUGUAGUAUCACCUUGGAUCAACAGAUUUCACUAUAAAACCGACAACAGUCAUUCACCAGUGUUCCUUUCUGUCGUAGCUCGACCUACAUCACAUGACUCGUUCCUCUAAUUGGUUAUGUGCCCAUACAAUGGUGUCCGAAGGCAUUUUCUUCUGAGUCCGUUGGUACCCAGAAGUCUGGUUCUCUGGAUUUGCCCCUUGUAAAUCUAAGUUAUAUCCUAAGAAACCCGACUAAUUUAUUGCAUCAAAUAAGAAAAUAAAUAAAAUGGUUGGCCAGGCUAAUUCAGAGCAGUGGUUACGCAGAUACAGAUUCAAAAAGUAACAGUAUAAGGACUUAGAUAAGAACUGAAGAUUUUGAAAAUCUUAAAAGAUGGAUUUUUUCAUAUUUUUGUAUUAAGAUGACAUCAUGAAAUGGGCAGUUUUACUGCACAGUAUUUACAGUACUGUUAAACCAGGACACUUGUGAAGUUGCCUUAAUCCUGUUCAAUGGACAGAAUGGUCUCCUUUACAGCAUCUAACUGUGUACAUACUGUAUAGUGAAAGUAUUGUUACUGUAUGUAAACACUAUUAGUACUGUGUAUAUUCUUGCUGUCAGACAAACAUAUUACAUGGUAUGUUCCUUGGACAUUUUUCUGUAGGUUUGUUUCAGUGAAAGACUAUCCUGACUUCUUUAGAGAAAUCAAACAAUGCAGCCAAAUUUCUCAAUGAAAACGUUUCAAUGCAGUUUCAGCUGAAUGAACAAGUCGAGGCAAAAAAGUGUUGGUUUCCUUAACAUUAGUGAGAUAAAUUAAAGAUUUCUCAGAGCAAACUGGUAGUUUGGAAACUAUUUAAAAAAAAGUGGACAGGGCAGUGAGUUGACUAGGUAGUACAAAACAGCUGAUUGAAGACUAAAAUAUCAACCUGAAGCUUUAAGCAUGCUCAGUUAGACUACUUAAAAGAAAACACUGUGAAAACAAAGUCUGUAUGUUUAUAUGCAUAAAAUUAAUUAGGCAUGCUGUCCUUUUGAUGACUGAAAAUCAUAAUGAGACCAUGUCUUAUGUUAGGUAAGCGCUGCAAAGGUUGUCCUGCUACUCAGCAAUCAUGUGACCAUCUGUGAAAUGGCAAUGUUGCAACAUCUGUUCAGCCAGACUUUGGUUCCGCCUGUGCAGAAUAAUAAAUCUGAGGAAUGGCGACAGGUAAAAAAUUUUUAACAGGAACUCAUCUUUUCUCUCAAUUUGUGAAGGGCAGAUUAGUUUUAUUUCAUUUUAUUUUAGGCCGCCAUGCCUCUAUCUCUUCCAUUUCAUAUGAGGACUGAGUUAAUGCUGAUUUAAAGACUUUAAACUUUUUUUUUAAUACCCACUCAUUUUCAUAACAGUAAAAGACCAUGCAACACAACCCACAAAAACACCUCCAAUCAUAUUUUUGUGUCUUAGUAUGAUGUAUUUUAUUUCAACAGAGUGAAAAAGGUUUGGAAUUAAAGUUAACGACUGGACGAAGGGAUUGAUAUUCUUGCUGUGGAUAAUAAAUAUGAAAGAAAAGAUCCUCCAUUAACAGUACUUCUGCUACUAUGUUUAUUUUCAUUUUAUCUAAAUUUGGUUAUAUUCAUUGAAUGUUUCGAUUUUGAAUGAGCAGUCUGAAGUGGUUCUGUUACGUCCUACCUCCAGCCCCGCCCCAGGACCAAACAGGCCAACUGUCUAAAUGUCAACAUGUUUGUCUGUCUGAUGCAUGGUUAUAUAUUUUUGUUGUAUGUCUAUUUACUUAAUAAAGA